AUGCCGAGCUCCCUCCAUCCCCAGGCGAAGUUCGACCCGAUCCCGCCAGACCUCGACCUGCACGACCUCGUUGCCGACACGCCCAACUUCGAAUGGGCCACGCACAUCUCAGCUUCGGAAAUUUUCACCCUCGGCCAGCAGCGCUUUGAGCAGCUGGUCUACGUCCAUGUCAUAAACGGUGGGAAGCCACUGGUGAUCAACAACUGGAAUGCCCGGCUACCGAAGCACCUGUUCAGCCCGCAAUGGCUGCAGGACAACUACAACAAGAAGGAGGAGAACGUGUGGGACAUCAACAACAAAUGCAAUAUCCCUAUGACGAUGGGUCACUACCUGCGGUCCAUGAAGCAGCUGACCGACCAGUGGACGCCCCGAAAUUUCCGCGACGAGCGCCGUCAGCGCCUGUACCUCAAGGACAUGGACUGCCCGCCCGAGUGGACCGAUCGGCUGCGCAAGGCUCUUCCGCUCAGCAUCUUCUACCUCAACGAGAGCGUGGAGCCGCGGACAAGCAACGAAGUCAUGGACGACGACGGCAUGUUUGUCGACACGCACCAGGCAGCCCGUGCCGGCGACUUGAUGAGCAGCCUGCCGCCGGAGAUGCGCGCCGAGAACCUCAUGUGCUACAUCGGCCACGAGGGCACAUACACGCCUGCCCAUCGCGAGAUGUGUGCCAGUCUGGGCCAGAACAUCAUGGUGGAGGCAUCGGGCGCGGAAAAAGGCGAGCGGCCGGGCAGCUCCAUCUGGUUCAUGACCGAGACCAAGGACCGCGAGGUCGUCGGCGAGUACUUUCUGUCAAUGCUGGGCCACGAUGUCGAGAUCGAGAAGCACUUUGCACAGAUCAACGCGUGGAAGAAGGCCACCUUCCCGGUCUACAUUGUCGAGCAGCGACCAGGCGAUCUGAUCCUCGUACCGCCGCUGGCGCCACAUCAGGUGUGGAACCGCGGCACGCGCACGAUCAAGGUAGCGUGGAACCGCACCGUGGUUGAGACGCUCGACAUGGCGCUGCACGAGGCCCUUCCCAAAGCGCGGCUCGUCUGCCGCGACGAGCAGUACAAGAACAAGGCCAUCAUCUACUACACGCUCGGCAAGUACUACGCCGAGCUCAAGGUUGCCAGCACCGACCACCAGCUGGCGACGUUUGGCAUCAGCCAGGAUGUAGCGGGCAACUCCGUGCGAACGCAGCAGGUGGCCGGCGACUUCAAGAAGCUGCUGCAGCUGUAUGCCGAGAUUCUCGUGGACGAGAUGUUUGGUACCAAAGAGAAGAACGUUGAGUACAUCCCGUUCGACUCCAACAUCACAUGCUCGUACUGCCGGGCCAAUAUCUUCAACCGCUUCCUGACAUGUACACACUGCACGCGGCAGCUGGGCGAGGGCGAAGACGACACGUACGACAUCUGCAUGGAGUGUUAUGCCAUGGGCCGGUCGUGCGCGUGUGUGUCGGGCCUGGGCUGGUGCGAGCAGUGGCCGUGGGAGGAGCUGGUGGGCAACUACGAGCGCUGGCGGACCAUGGUAAUCAGCAACGACGGCUUCAUCGACGCGUUUGCGUCGCCGUCGGCCCUGCAGGUGGCCAGGCUGCGCACGGGACACAAGACCGUGGCGCAGAUCUGCCAGGAGCAACUGCGGCGGCGGCCGUUUCGCGACAUUACCCAGCCGCUGCCCACGAAAACGGACCGGGAGCUGUCGGAGCCGGAGGUGGAUGAGGAUGGCCGAGUCAAGAAGAAGAAGAAGAAGCCGAUACGCGCACCAAAGAAAGGCGACACGUACCGGUGCCACUCGUGCUGCCACAAGGACCACCGGUACCGGCUCGCAUUUUGCACGACGCCCGGCUGCGUGGAGGCCUACUGCUACGGCGUGCUGUACCGGGGCUUUGACAUGAUGCCGCAGACGGUGAUGCAGCAGGAAUACUGGAAGUGUCCGCGCUGCCUGAAGAUCUGCAACUGCGGCGCAUGUCGGCGUGUCGGCCUGACGAAGCCGUACGUGCCCAAGAGCACGCUACUCGGCCACGACACGCGGCCGAUUGCGGACGACCGCAGCGUGGAGUCGCUGAUCAACUUCAGACUGCACAACCUGCUCUGGCUGCGCAACGGUGGCGAGGAGGGCCGCAGCAAGGACAGCCUGCGCAUGCAGCGACUGCGCCGAGCAGCCGAUGAGGCCAAGGCGGCACAGCCGGAGAAUGGUGGGGACAUGGGUGCGCACGGCAUAGUUGCGGACGGCAUGGUCGGCAUGGACGACAUGGACAUCGCAGAUGGGGUGAGCGGCAUGAACGGCGUGGACGGAUAUGCAACGCAAAACGAAGAGUACGACGGACAAGAUGUUAGCAUGCUGAGCAACGGCUACGCGACCGAUGCGCCGCAGUCGUCGUUCCCGGUGGCAGAGACGGCUCUGGACAGCCAGUCGCAGUCGCUGCAGAACUACCCCGACCCGACUGGAUAUGCAGACCCCAACGAGGAGAUGAUGACAAUGUUUGGCAGGGCGUACUACCAAAACGACGACAGCCCCGACAAGAUCCUGUUCGACCCGUACAGCGAGCCACCGCCACAUCAGCUGCCGGUGGGACUGGAGCUGAUGGACGAGCCGCCCGAGUUUCUCGACAGCUUUGAGCAGAGGCCGGCACGACGCCCGCGGCAGGAGAAGGACAUCGACCCCGACUACCGGGUACGGAAGCUGCACCGCAAGAAGGCACGGCCUCUAAGCGAUCUGGAAAUGCAUCUGGACCCGGCGCUCUUAACCGUAAACGCGGCCCCGCCAACGAUGCCGAGCAUGCCACAGCCGUCUGUGGUGUCGACGGUGUCGGCGGUGUUGGCGGUGUCGGUGGUGGCCGAUGGUGGCGGCAGCAACGGUGUGGCCAACCCUGCUUUGGCCGGCAUGGUUGUCGAUGCUGCGGCCAACAGCGCAGAGCAGCACAGCACUCCCGUCACCAUAGCCUCGGGACCUGCAGCACCGGUGGUGCCGGUGGACAAUCCGGACACGCACAUGAACGGCUCGCACGCGGACAGCAUGGCGGAAGUACAGGUGGCCAGAGACAACGAGGGCAGUGAUGACAGCGUCGAGAAGGGGCCGUCGUACGGCUUCCCGGCCAACGUGCCUGAGCUGCGGCACGCGCGACCAAAGAAGUCGUAUGUGGUGGAGAUUGAGAGCGAUGCGGACGACGAUCUGCUGGACAUGGAUGCGUUGCUGGACAUGGCAGCGUCUGCGUCUGCGGAACAGGCCGAAGCGGACAAGCAGCUGAAGCGGCCGGUAGCGCUAGCUGCGUCUCCCAAAGCAGCUGAUGUUGGUGCUGGUCGUGGUCGUCCGCGGAAGUCGGUUGCUGGCUCAGACGCGUUGUCCGGGCUCCCAUUCCACGGCCUGUCGAACGAUGGGCCAACGGCUUCGAUCUCGCUGCCAGCCAAGCGUCGGACGAGUGUCAACCCACGCUCUGGGUCCGAAGGCGAUGAGGAAAGCCAGGUCAGGCGUGGCAGGCCACGUCGUGUCCAGCACAACAGCACGCCCACUGCGGUGGUGCCAGAGGCGCCGAAGCGACGGCCAGGACGUCCGCCUAAGAAGCAGGUGUCCCCAGCUGUGCCUCCUACGCAGGUGCCGACACAGACACAGGUGCCGACGCAGUUCAUGUCGAUGGCUGAGCGCAUGGCUCUCCUGGGCAAAAAGUUCCGGAUCAGGCGUAAGUCGCCAAAACGGGACCAGGAGGAAGCAGUGGUAGCAGAAGCAUCGGCAGGAGCAUCUGAGUCCGAAGCCGAGACGCCAGAAAGCGUGCCGAUACGGACGACGAGGCCGCCAGGGAUGUCCAACAUCUCUGUGCGGAUUGGGCCACCGGCGUUUGCGCGGGGACCUCAGCUACAGCAACCGGCAGUGGAGAAGGUGGUUAAGAAAGGAGGAGGGACCGCAGUGGUGCUUCCCAUGGCCAAACACAAUGACGGGCCGACGGUGGUGCGACUAGAGGAGUCGGAUAGUAACAACGAUGAUGCGAACGAUGACGAGAGCAGCAGCGGCAGCAACGGCAGUAGUGCAGCCGAGGAAAAGCAGUUUCGCCAAGCCAGCCGCUCCAGCGGCAGCGACGAGUCAGACGACGAUAGACGGCAGACUGCAGCUACCGGCCCCAAGUUUUUUGCGCGACGAGGCGGCGGGCAUGGCGGCGGGCGAGGUCGUGGAGGCCGUGGAGGUCGUGGACGAGGUCGAGGUCGUGGACGAGAAGCGAGUUUUGGCAGGCUGUAG